AUGAGGUAUUCGGUGUCCCUCACCUUCAUGGUGUCUGCGCUAUUGGUCGUACCAAUGCUUUUUGCUGCAGCCCAGAAGGUCAACAGCAUAACGGAUGCUGUGGCACAGCUCCCUACCUGCGCCGUAAGUGUUCUGUUUCUUGUCAAGAGCACCCCCGAGUAUGUUCGUUUGACCUGGGUAUUACUGGGCCUCAGCACUUUCGUUGUGGCUGCCCGCUUGACAUACAAGUUCUUUUCAUCGACACAGCUCGGACUCGAUGACUUGUUCACCUUUCUCGCCUACGUCGCCGUUCUCCCGUCCUUCAUCAUCAACCUAGUUGGUCUCGUGCCCGCCGGCCUCGGCAAGGACAUAUGGACCCUAACGCCAAGUCAAAUUGAGAGUUUCGGCUACUGGUUCUAUCUCCUGGAGCCCGUGUACUUCGUUCAGAUGGGUCUCGUCAAGAUGGCAAUCUUGUGCUUCUACAUGCGCAUCUUCGACCGCGCCGGCCUCGGAAAGCUUUUGUGGGGCACAGUUGCCUUCAACGCCACCAAUACUGUCGCCUUCCUCCUCGUCGGCAUCUUUCAGUGUACCCCUAUCUCAUUCUACUGGACAAGAUGGGAUGGUGAGAAACAAGGCACCUGUGUCAACAUCAAUGCGGUAGCUUGGGCGAAUGCCAUCAUCAGCAUUGUUCUGGAUCUCUGGAUGCUCUACCUGCCCCUAUCAAGAAUCCGGACCCUCAACCUUCACUGGUGGAAGAAGCUUGCUGUUACGCUGAUGUUCUGCGUCGGCACUUUGUAA